AUGACUUCUAGCUCUAGCAUGCCCACCCUCCCCCUCGGCGGGUCCGCCUCUUCCGAGCACAUCUCCCGCAUGAAUCUCGGUCUCAUGGGUCUAACCUGGACCGAUCCCAGCCAUUUCACUCCCGACGAUGAAGCCUUUGCAACUAUGCGUGCCUCUCUAGAUGCCGGUUGUCGACUCUGGGAUGCCGGUCAAUUCUACGGCCCUUCAGUCGAUCCUCAUGCGAAUCUAAAGUUGGUGAAGAGGUACUUUGACAAGUACCCAGAGGACAAGGAGAGAGUAGUCCUCUGUGUCAAGGGAGGUGUGGACAUCUUUGGAAAGGGAGGUUAUGCAGAGAAGAGCAUGGCGGGAAUGGCGCCAGUGACGAAUGUGGACACGUUGCGGGAGACGCUCAAGCAGAUUCGUGCUGAGCUGGGCUCGGACAAAGGAGGUAAGGAGCUGGACCUCUGGGAGCCAGCUCGAUUCCCAAAGGCUAUCUCAGUGGAAGAGGCAAUCAAGAUGUACAUCUCACUGCGAGACGAAGGGCUCUUCAAGCACCUCAGUCUCUCCGAGGUGGGAGGUGAGACUCUCAAGAAGGCCAUUGAGGUAUCCAACAAUGGCAUUGCCACUGUAGAGGUGGAGUACAGCCCAUUCUGCAUGGAGGCAGAGAGCCAAGGCGUUGUUCGAAUUUGUGAAGAGAACAAGAUCCCAAUCCUAGCCUACUCGCCCGUAGGCAAGGGUCUGCUCACCGGCUCCGUACGCUCCCGAGACGACCUGCCCAAGGGUGAUCCCCGUUUGCAUCAGGAUUCCUUUUCACCCGAGAACUUCGACCACAAUAUCACCCUGGCCGAUUCCAUCAACCGCAUCGCCUCCGAGCGCGGCGCCACGGCCGCCCAGAUCUGUCUGGCUUGGAUCCUACAGCGCUCUCCCAUCUUUGCUCCCAUUCCUGGCACCAGAAAGGCUGCGUAUGCCAAGGAGAAUGCAGAAGCGGGCAAGAUCACCUUGGAUUCGAAGGAGGUGAAGCAGAUUGAUGAAAUCUUGAGCCAAUUCAAGAGAAAGGGAGGGAGAUAUAACGAGCACGCUCGUAACAGCGGAUCCCUGUGGGCUUGA